AUGCCGGCGCUCCCAAUGACCAAAGCAUCCAGGAUGGACACAUGUGGUGUGAAGUGGACAGACAUGCAUCGUCUGGCAGACCGGGUUCACCUGGAGGAGCUGGUGAAGGUCGGGAUCCUGCGUGGGAACGUGGAGGAGAUGCUGAAGGUUCAUCUGGGCUCUGUGUUCAUGCCACACGGUCUGGGUCACAUGCUAGGCAUCGACGUCCACGGCGUGGGAGGAUAUCCAGAGGUGUGUAUUGAGGAUGAUAUCGCUGUGACGGCUGACGGCGUGGAGCUGCUGACCUGCAGUCCUCGAACCGUGGAGAAGAUCGAGGCCUUCAUAGCGGAUGAAACGCCCAAACCCUUCAGUCCCAUCAGCAGCCAGAAACUCUGAAGAGAUGACGACGAUGAUGAUGAUGAUGAUGAUGAUGAAACUCCUUUCCUCAGCAUAUCAGACUUUAACCUGUAUCUAAAGAAACAAGCAUCCUUAAUAUCUCACUCUAUAAAGAUAGAUCAGUCACAUGACAGCUGCCGUUUUGCUAA